GCCGACGAUCUACCCACAGAUUUUAUAUCAGUGAGACUUAUCACUCGGUAUCAAACGAACGCAUUUUUUGGUGUGGAUAAAAUUAAAAAAGUGUAUCAUGGCUUGUGAUAGGAUAUUUUGUAAUGUUUUCCUGGAUGUUCUAGUUCUGGCUUGUGUGUGCAUACCAUUGCUACUGCUACAAAUCUACGCUAAGCCGUACCGUCGAGGAUACUUCGAGUCUGAUGAGAGCAUCCGAUACCGGUAUUGGGAACAGUCCAUAUCUGAAACUGUGCUGGGGAUCUUCGGGUUCAUCAUCGUUAUUAUAAUUGUGUUAGUAACAGAAAUAUGUCAGAAGAACCCCGGACCUGGGUCAGGGAAGAAAUUCUUGGCAGGGAAGCCCAUAGCCGGGUGGGUGUGGGACAGCUACCGGACUAUAGGCGUAUACAGUUUUGGGGCAGCGUGCCAACAGCUCACCGUCACCAUCGGGAAGUAUACGCUGGGUCGGCUUCGACCGCAUUUCUAUGAGGUUUGCCAGCCAGUCCCCGCCGACUCAGCUCUCAAUCACCUGGGCUACAUCGUCAACUACAACUGCGCAGGCACCGAUGAAGCCCGGAUCAUGAAUGCUCGGCUGUCCUUUCCUUCCGGUCACUCUUGCUAUGCCAUGUAUACUACUGUCUUCUUGAUCUGCUACUUCCAAUACAGAUGCAAAUGGCGAGGGUCAAAGCUCCUACGCCAUUUUGCGCAAUACCUGGUCUUCAUCGCGGCGUGGUACGUCGGCCUCACGCGGGUCCAGGAGUACCACCACCACUGGAGCGACGUCGCUGGUGGCUUCUUCAUUGGCGCGGUUAUUGCCCUCUUUACUUUCGUGUACAUCCUGAAGCCGAAGACACACAGUUCUCGCGACUCCUGGCAGUCGGAGCAGGCCGCGCUGCCCCGGCCGGUGCUGGCGCGGUGACUGCAUGGCGACGUCGAGCUAGGACGCUUGAUGGACGGAGCUAACGAACAACACUACGGGACUAUGACCUGAUUUUAUAUUUUAUAUUUGUAAUUUAGCAUUUCUAUCCAGACUUUGAAAUAAAUAUGGACACAUCACACAGAUUGAGUCAGUCCCAAAGUUAGUUCGAGACUGAUAUCGGAUAGUAACUCACAUUUUACAACACGUAAGUAGAUAAACCUCCAAGAGAUUUUUUCAGAUUGACCUGGGGUCAAUCUGAAAAAUAUCAUUUUCAAUCUUGACCUGACCGGGCAUAGAACCCGGGACCUUCAGUGUAGCAGCUCUAGUCCGGCAUGAUGAUCAUUAAGCUGCAGAGGUUAUCAUCGUCAUAUAUGUAUGUAUAUUAUAACGCCUGUUCAUCAUUCAUCAUCAUUUAAAAUGUUGUAAUGCGAACAUUAUGUUUAGACCAUCAAGUUACGAUUGCAUACAAGCGCAUAAAAUCAAAUCAAAUAUAUUACAUACAUACAGCUAUAUCAAUGUAAUAUAUAUAGCAUACAGCUGUGUGUAUGACCCUUCCAUAAUGUCGAUUUUACACUAUAAAGAAUAAGAUUCGCCAAAUUCAGCGGUUUCGACACUCUCAUACAAAAUACGUAAUGUACGUUAAUUCGCGUCGGCGUCUGUCUGAAUUCGGCGACAGAGUAUAGCCAACAUAAUAAUGGUUGAAACAGAGGAUGGUUGGUGACAUUAUGCCUUAGAUUGUCAUAUCCGAUGCAUAUAGGCGACUUGAACAUCUGACAUCAGUGUUAGCAAUGACACUAAAAUAACAAAAAUAUUAAAUUUGUAAUAAUUGUGAAAAUGUUUGUUUGUCUUGCUUACUCGUCAUAACGGAGAAACGAAUUAAUGUGAUUUUUGUGUGGAAACGGUAGAAGACAGAAAGAAAACGGUGACAGGCUACUUUUUCCUCGGGAAUAGUCGCGGACAACAUAGUAUAAAGCCGCUUAUCGCUGUCUGUAUGUAUGCAUAUUUUUUUUUAUAACUACUCAACAGAUUUUGAUGCGAGUCUUUUUAAUAGACAGUGUGAUUCCUGAGGAAGGUUUAAGUGUAUAAGUCAUAAUGGUUUUACCCGAGCGAAGCCGGGACGAGCCAAAAGUAUGUAUUAACCAUUUUGUGAUAUAUAUCGUACGAGUUGUGUUUAUAAAGACCAUAUUAAUUCAUAAUUAUUUUAUUAUGCAUUUAUCUAUGGACCAAAUCGAAACACUCACAUUUGUCGACAUUAUAUUAAUAUUUUAUAAUGUCUGACAGACAACGAGUUUGACAGUGUAAUUUUUGUAUUUAAUGGCCACUUAACUGCUUGCUGAUAGAAUAUCCGAUAGCAUAUUUGUAACCUACCGAACGGUGUCAGAAAUUGUGUUUACAAGUAUUGGAUAACGAUAACUGGCAAAUAACUUUAGGCUGAUUUAUCUUGCUGUUACUUUAACCGUCAGAUUACAAUAUGAUUAUCAAGAAAAAUUUGAAGCGGGUCCUGAUUGUUGUAUUUUAUUGUGUUGUGAAUAUUUUAAGAAUUGUUGAAAUUUUCUGCGUGUCUUAAGAAUGAAAAUACUUUAAUAUGUCGUAAAAUAAGUAAAUACUAUGUACAUUGUUGUCAAUAGUUAUAAUAGAAUUUAGUAACAUAAUUAUAUUUCCAUUACUUUAUUUAUACUUAACUUAAUCGUAGGUACAAAUAAAAAUAAUAUCAUUA